CUUCUCCCUCGCCGCCAUCGACUGCCACCUGCAAAUGAGAAAAAUUUAUCUGCUGGCAGGACCUGUCUCGGCAUCCUCACAACGUCUGCUUUGCUGUGAAGCUUCUGUGAUUUCCUAGGCUGUUUUGUUGUAUUCAAGCAUUGGCCCUAUCAAGGGCAGCAUUCUUCGACGACCAUGGAUCUGAGAACCACCAUCCAGUCGACUUUGUCAGCCGACGCAACCAUCCGCUCCCAAGCUGAGACGGCCCUGAAGCAAGCUGAACAGCAUCCUGGCUUCAUCGGAGCCCUCCUCGACAUCCUACAGUCAGAGCAGGACCCUCCCAUCCGCCUGUCGGUUGCCGUCUACCUCAAGAAUCGAAUAUCCCGGGGAUGGGCCACCGAACACACUCCUCACCAGCCCAUUUCCGAGCCUGAACGAAAGCCCUUCAGAGAUCGCUUACUGCCUGUCUUGUCCUCCUCUCCUCCGCUGAUUCGAGCACAGCUCAUUCCCAUCCUCCAGACCAUCCUGCAGUACGAUUUUCCCACAAAAUGGCCCGAGCUGAUGGAUAUUACGCUGCAAUUGAUGAAUACUCAAGAUGCCAACCAGGUCUAUGCAGGGCUGCAGUGUCUGUUGGCUGUUUGUCGCACAUAUCGUUUCCGCGCUGGGGAAGAAAGGCAAAAUUUGGACAAGGUCGUCAACGUGGCCUUCCCCACCUUGUUGGGCAUCGGCAAUAAGUUGGUGAAUGAAACCAGUCUGGAAGCAGGUGAAAUGCUCAGGAUAUGCGUCAAAUGCUACAAACAUGCUGUCUACUAUGGCCUACCUGUCCCGCUCCAGUCGCACCAGGCGACUGUGGACUGGUGCACUCUCUUCUUGACCAUCAUCUCAAAGAAGCCUCCGGAGAGUGCUAUGCCCGACGAUGCUGAAGACCGGGAACGCAAUCAUUGGUGGAAAGCACGGAAAUGGUCCUACGCAAACCUCAACAGGCUCUUUGUGAGGUAUGGGAACCCAUCAGCGCUGUCCUCGGCUCAAGAGAAGGAAUAUGGUGGAUUCGCAAAGAACUUCAUCACAAAUUUUGCGCCGGAAAUUCUCAAGGGCUAUCUCGGCGAAAUUGAGAAAUGGGUUGGGGGCAAUCACUGGCUGAGCAAGCCUUCUUUGUCGUACACCUUGAUCUUUCUAGAAGAAUGUGUGAAGCCCAAAGCGAUGUGGGACAAGCUCAAGCCGCACAUGGACAGCCUCAUCAAACAUUUGAUCUUCCCAGUCAUGUGUCUUUCCGACGAGGACUUGGAAUUGUUCACAGACAAUCCGGCCGACUACUUGCACCGGAAACUCAACUACUACGAGGAAGUCUCUGCGCCAGACAUGGCCGCGACCAAUUUUUUAAUCGCUCUGACAAAAUCGCGGAAACAACAGACUUACGUCAUCCUCUCGUACGUCAAUGAGGUCGUUUCUCGCUACGAGUCUGCUCCGGAUGACCAAAAGAACCCGCGAGAGAAAGAUGGUGCUCUUCGGAUGAUAGGUUCCCUCGCAUCGGUCAUAUUGGGCAAGAAGAGCCCGAUUGCCGAUCAGGUUGAAUACUUCUUCGUGCGCCAUGUGUUCCCCGAGUUUAGGUCCCCCCAUGGCUUUCUGCGGGCUAGAGCCUGUGAGACAAUGGAGAAGUAUGAGCAGCUGGAUUUCAAGGACCAGAACAAUCUCAUGAUCAUCUACCAGAACAUAAUGGAGUCCAUGGCUGAUCCAGAACUGCCUGUCAGGGUGGAGGCUUCAUUGGCCCUGCAACCCCUUAUCAGGCAUGAUGCCAUCCGCAUCACAAUGCAGUCGAACAUUCCACAAAUCAUGCAUCAACUGCUGCAAUUGAUGAACGAAGUUGACGUCGACUCGCUGUCCAACGUCAUGGAGGACUUUGUCGAAGUUUUCGCAGAGCAACUCACCCCCUUUGCGGUAGCACUGAGUACCAAUCUGCGAGACACGUAUCUUCGAAUCAUCCGGGAAAUUCUGGAACGGAAUGAGGCCAGGGCGGCGGAAACUGGCGAUGCACACAACGAGUAUCUGGACGACAAGUCCAUCGCGGCGCUAGGAGUGCUGCAGACAGUCGGCACUCUUAUUCUUACUCUCGAGGCAACACCAGACGUUCUGCUCCUUCUCGAAUCCAUCCUUAUGCCGGUCAUUACCAUCACCCUGGAAAACAAGCUCUAUGAUCUCUACAACGAAGUCUUUGAAAUCAUUGAUUCGUGUACCUAUGCCUCAAAAUCCAUAUCGCCAACAAUGUGGCAAGCCUUUGAGCUGAUGCACAAAACGUUCAAAGACGGCGCCGAACUGUACCUAGAAGACAUGCUGCCUGCUCUAGACAACUUCGUUACUUACGGUCAGCAAAGGUUCAUCGAACACCCACCAUACCUGGCAGCAAUAGCCGGUAUGGUCCGAGACAUCUUCUCCGAUCCCAAGGUCGGAGGUGUGGAUCGCAUCUGCGGAUGCAAGCUGGCCGAGGCCAUGAUGCUGAAUCUUCGAGGUGGCCCUCUCGACAGCUACAUACCGACUUUUGUGACCUUGCCCAUGGAGGUUUUGACCAGCGCACAAGCCAAGACAGUGAUCAAAAGUUACAAACUGCAUCUGGUAGAGAUGGUUAUCAACUGUCUCUAUUACAAUCCCAUUCUGGCACUCCAGGUCCUUGAAUCACAUGGUUGGACCAACAAAUUCUUCUCGAUCUGGUUCGGCAUGAUUGACAAUUUCCGCCGGGUCCACGACAAGAAACUUUGUCUUGCGGCCAUCUGCUCCCUCCUCACCAUCCGUGCCGACCAAGUUCCUCAUUCUGUCCAAACCGGCUGGCCACGCCUUCUGACUGGGGCAACUUAUCUCUUCCGAACUCUUCCCGCUGCGAUCAAGCAACGGGAGGAGGCUGUCAAAGCCUCUGACGGCGUGUCUGACACGAUAUCAGACUAUGGGUCGGACGACGAAGCUGAAGAUUGGGCUGACGAACCUGGCGCCGAGGGGCAGGAAUGGGGUAACGUGAGUGCGGCCUCUUUACCGGAUACCAAAGGUGAUAUCAAAGACGAAUCACAGGCCUAUCUGGACUUCCUCAGCGAAGAGGCCAAGAAAUUUGGCGCUCUGGCAGAUGAUGACGAUGAUAGCGUCCUCGACGAUGACAGCCUUCUGGAGAGCCCGCUGGACAAGUUCGAUCCUUAUUCCGCGUUCAAGGAGUCUUUGGACACGCUCCAGGCAGAACAGCCCCAGCUAUAUCAAAACUUGACGGCGAUCUUGGAGCAAGGAGACCGUGACGUCUUGCAGAGUGUUGUGAACCAUGCCGCUGCGACCCAGGCUGCUCAAGUCCAACAAGCCCAGGCACAGGGAUAACAUCGCUGGAAUCAUGAUAUCGGGAAGAUGCGAAGUCUUCCAUUCGAAUCUGCGAAUUGUGAAUAGCGAGCGGCCGAUGUGGUACAAGCUGUGUUCAUGGGGUUCUGGCUUGAGGCGCUACCGAGAAAGAGGAGAUAUCAGUUCUACAUGAGCGUGAAGAGCAAGCGUUGAUUUUGUACUAUGGGGUUCACGUUGACCGGCUGCUAUAGCGGUGCCGGCGCCCUGUUGCGGAUCUUUGGUUCAAGCAAUGCUCCGGUGCUCUUUCGGGUGUGAAGGAAGUCGAAGAUUUGCAGGUUGCAAGCAGCACUAGUUUCAACAUUUCAAACCUCUGCUGAGUGGGCGGUUGUAUGGCGACCUGAUCGACGCUGCCUGGGAGAGUUGCUUCGCGACACGCAAUCCCCCGGGACAGGGAACAUCCAAAAUUUCGAGGUGCCGCAGCCUUGAAGGUGGGUUAAUGAGUGGUGUUGAGAGAUUCUUCCCACGUCCACAUUCAGUGGGCAAGAGCCUCGUCCGCCCAAAGCUGGCCCUCCCCGGACCCCUCAUGUCUGGCUUCCAGAUAUCGAGUGUCCACGAGGGAUGUAUCUUGUGGGAGCGGACCAGGGACUCUAGGCAUAGCAGGGAAGGGUCCCAAGAGAUAGAACAAGUUAUAUCAAUAUCACUUUGAACCGUCUAGUUAUAGUUGACCAUACACGUUGAUCCCGCAAUCGAACUACCACCUCUUGCCAAC